AGAAGAAAGUUUCUUCGUUACACCAUCCGCCCUCCCCUUUGGUUGGCAGGUUCCCCCCAUGAAGUCUUUUAUUUCCUGGGAACCAGCAAUUAAGAAGAUCAGGGCUUUAGAAAGAAAAGAGAGAGGGAGAGAGAGGGAGAGAAAGAAAGAAAGCUUUAUCACAUGCAUGCUGUCCAACUUGCUGCAUGUCGCAAAGAAAGAUCUCAAGAACUUUUAAACCAUUUCUGCUGUGAAGAAUUCCAGCUCCUGCUUUGCUCAUGUCCUUUGUGUGUCCUGGAAUUUGUAGUGGGAGAGAAGAAAGACCAGACUUGAAGGUGGAGGAGUAAACAAGAAAAGACCGAGUGAAAGGGUGAUACCGACCCCACAGGCAAAACAAAGAACUGUUCUCCCCACCCCUUCGGUCUUUCUUGUCUCCUCUUUCUACCUCCAGAUAUAAGAUCUACCUCACUGCAUCGUGUCUCAGACUGGGGUUUCCCUCAAGAUUCUUCCAUUUUAAGGCUAGGAGAAGAGAUACAUAUUUGUUUCUGAGUUCACCCUAGAAAAGAACUACCAGGGACUGGAGGUCGCUACUGCCAAGAGUGAUUGAAAGGGAAAAUUCAGAUGGAGAAUUCAUCCAAAGAAAACACUCAGCUUUUUUCAAAAAACACAAUCCUGCCCAUUGACAGGUCUUCUUCAAGAUCAGAAUCCUCAGCUUCGAAGGAGAAAGGAACUAUCUGUGGAGGAAUGAAGAUUUUUCUUGCUGCAUUGUCGUUUGUUUACUUUGCGAAAGCUCUGUCAGGAAGUUACCUGAAAAGUACCAUCACCCAAAUAGAAAAAAGAUUUGAUAUCCCUUCGUCCCUGGUUGGCCUGAUAGAUGGCAGCUUUGAAAUUGGGAACCUUUUAAUAAUAAUCCUGGUCAGCUACUUUGGAGCCAAGCUUCAUAGGCCAAAGAUCAUCGGAGCUGGUUGCCUGAUCAUGUCAUUCGGGACAUUUUUGAUAGCCAUGCCGCAGUUCUUUAUGGGACACUAUAGGUAUGAGAUAUUUUCUUCCUCCUCCAAUUCAACUGUCAGCAUCUCCCCGUGUCUCCAGGAUCAGAACCAGCUGCCUGUCUCAGUCUUGGAAAGAGCUCAGGCGCAAAUGCAUGCAGGGUGCGAAAAGGAAGCUGGAAUUUCCAUGUGGAUUUACGUUUUGCUGGGAAAUCUGCUACGUGGAAUUGGGGAAACCCCGAUCCAGCCUUUGGGGAUUGCGUACAUCGAUGACCACGCCACAGAAGAGAGUGCAGCCUUUUACAUUGGGUGUGUGCAGACGGUUGCAAUAAUAGGCCCCAUCUUUGGCUUUCUCCUGGGGUCCUUGUGUGCCACACUGUAUGUUGACAUUGGCUUUGUAGACAUGGACAGCAUAAGCAUAACUCACAAGGACUCCCAAUGGGUAGGAGCUUGGUGGCUUGGCUAUUUAAUAGCCGGGGUGGUCAGCAUCCUUGCCGCUAUCCCUUUCUGGUUCUUACCGAAACAUCUUCCAAGACCAGACACCCGAAAGGAUUCCAGCACUUCCUCUGAGCAGUCCAAGUUCAUCAACGAAGAUAACAGAGAACACCGCAUCACCUAUCAAGAGCAAGUGAAGUUUCUCGAGAUGGCUAGAGAUUUCCUGCCGUCGCUGAAAAGCCUCUUUGGGAAUCCAGUUUAUUUUUUAUACCUCUGCUCCAGCAUCACCCAGUUCAAUUCUCUCAUUGGUAUGGUGACUUACAAAGCAAAAUACAUUGAGCAGCAGUUUGGGCAAUCGUCUUCGAAGACCAAUUUUGUCAUAGGUCUCAUCAAUAUCCCUGCUGUGGCUUUGGGGAUAUUCUCCGGAGGGCUGAUCAUGAAGAAAUUCAGGCUGAAUGUUUUGGGGGCAGCCAAGCUGUCCCUGGGAUCCUCUUUCUUUGGCUACCUCCUCUUGGUGCUUCUGUUUGCCAUCGGCUGCAAGAAUGCUGAUGUGGCAGGCCUGACCAUCUCCUACAAAGGCCACAAACAGGUGGAACGAACUCUGUUUUCAGAGUGCAACUCGGGCUGCAUCUGCUCCAAGAAUGAAUGGGACCCCAUAUGCGGGGAAAACGGAAUCACCUACAUCUCGGCUUGCCUUGCUGGUUGCAAAACAUCCAAUGGAAGUGGGAAAGACAUAAUAUUUUAUAACUGCAGCUGUGUGGAGAUCACGGAAUUGUCGUCAAGGCAGUCUUCAGCUGUGAUGGGACCUUGCCAAAAAGGAAACGAAUGCCCCAAAAUGUUCCUCUAUUUUCUGGUUGUAUCAGUAAUCACAUCUUUUACCCUGUCCAUUGGAGGGACCCCUGGAUACAUUCUACUCCUACGAUGCAUCAAUCCACACCUCAAAUCUUUUGUUGGUAUCUACACUUUAGCCAUCCGAGUUCUUGCAGGAAUCCCGGCUCCUGUGUACUUUGGAGUCUCAAUAGACACAACAUGCCUCAAAUGGGGAAGCAAAAGGUGUGGAGGUCAGGGAGCUUGCAGGCUGUAUGAUUCUAAUGCAUUCAGGUAUAUCUAUCUGGGCUUGACUGUUGUUCUAGGCACCAUGUCUACCUUCUUAAGCAUCGCUGUCUUGAUCAUCCUGAGGAAAAGAUACACCCCACACAACGAAACCAUCCCAGCCAUUGGAGAGAGAGAAAGCACCUCUGUUAAAAGCAGGAAAAGCGACUUCGUCAAUAGUGACCACGUGAUUCAGACAACCUACUGGCCAGAAAAAGAAACUCGGCUUUAGGAAGACUCGGUGUAUUUUUAAGCGGUCUCUCUUCCAACAUGGAAUAUUCUGACCUAUGUUUCAUUAUAAGUUAAUGUGUUUGAAUGAGAGAGCUGGGUGGUCGGGCACAACUUUUUUGCUAAAUACAAUAAGCUUCCAAACACCUUUCUAGAACUUGUAGAGGCCUUUUUUAAAAAAAUGCAAUAUUGCAUUUGCCUUUCUCAAAAUGCAGAACAAAACUCUUCCUUCUCCACAUGAAAAAAAAAUCUGGCUUGAUGUAUGCAGCAGUCCUUGA